ACGUCACUGUCUAUCAGUUCUUAUCUCAUCUAGAAGUCUGGUAGUGUCCGCCGUGGUCUCUCGACUACCAGUUCGUGGUUAGGCGGUGUGUGUCGCGUCUACCAGUUCAUAUUAUAUGGAGUCUUCACAGCAUGGCAAGAUGGCGGCCACUGAGGAGCAGAACGGGCACGUUGAACCCCUCACUCCACCAACUGAGAAGAAAAUGGAGGUGAAGGACAAAUACUGGCUGAUCCUACAGCUGAUAUGGCUAAACCUCCUGAUCCUCCCAUACCUACUGCUGGAGAUAUACAGGAAGGUCUUUCCACCGCCGGGGAAGUCCCUUAAGGGCCAAGUAGUACUGGUGACCGGAGCGGGCCGAGGUCUAGGUCGAGGACUCGCACUAGGACUUGCCAAGGAAGGAUGUAAGGUGGCGGUCGCUGACGUCAAUAAGGAUAACGCGCUGGACACCGCUGCCGAGAUUGUCAACAGAGGAGGAGUCGCCAAAGCGUAUUUCACGAACGUGGCGAAAGUGGAAGAGAUUAGAGAGCUGAGAGAGGCAGUGACGACGGAUCUCGGUCCUGUGGACAUCCUCCUGAACAAUGCAGGACUAGUGCAUGGCGACCCUUUGGAAGUGGAUGUGGAAGAAGCCAUCAAGGGUGUCAUAGCCGUCAACCUAUUGAGUCACUUCUGGAUGGUGCGAGAGUUCCUGCCGACGAUGAGAGAGCGCAACUCGGGACACAUCGUAGCCGUGGCCUCUGUGGGUGGGAUGGUUGCAUUCGCCAACGGUUCUGCCUACGUCGCUAGCAAGUUCGGUGUCAGAGGUUUUAUGGAAGCGGUCAGGGCAGAACUUGAGUCUAAGGCCAACAACAACGUCAAGACCACAACUGUGUGUCCAUAUUUCGUCAACACUAGCGCACUUUACGUUGACCACUGGGACUUGAGGAUACCUGCAAUAUCGAUAGAAGAGGCGGUGGAGGCGACGAUCGCUGCCAUCAAGCGGGAAGAGUUAAUCGUCACCAUCCCUGGCCACCUUUAUCCCCUUCUGAAUAUUAUGAGGUUGUUACCGCAGUAUAUAGUUGACCAAGUGAGCAAGAUAUUUUAUGUCAGGAUAAUUCCACCCACGCAACAUGAAAAGGAUGUCAGCCCUACAGCCGCCAUAGUUAAGGACCUCAUUGAUCAAGAUGUCAUCUGAGUUUUGCCUUCAGUACAUUAAAGCCAAUAGAAGACUAAAGGUUCGCCUAAUUAACAUUAGAAAAAGUGUUACAUAUCAAAAUAUCGUACUGAAACUAAAUUCAACAAUAAUUUUGUUUGAGUAGUACCUACAUAAAAUAAAUGUCCAUAAAAGAAAUACAUGUUAUUCUACUUUUUAACGUUUUUACGCUCAGAUCGGAUCUUUAUGAUAGAUACAUCCAAUAUUCCAAUUGAUGUAAUGUAUGUAUUGAUUGUAUGUUUUUUGAUGUAAUUACAUCAAAAGAUCAUUUUCAUUAAUGUACUUGAAGAGUUGAAUUGAAAAGAUAUUCAUAAAUGACUAUACGACUAUAUGUAAGAUAUUUUAUCGUUUAGAACAAGAGGCAACAGAUAUUUUGUUGUUAGUAAAUAAGUUACAUAUGUAUGUAAUUUAAUCUCAAACCUUACCUUAUGUAUAAGUCGUUCUACUCUUUGAGUUAUGAGGAAAUCCGAGACCUAUAACUAUGUUGAAAAAGUUAACAAAUUUAAUUUACUAUCACUCGUUAUUAAACUAUCACUUGUUGAAUGUAGUAUAUUUAUAUUUAUUUAAAUAUCGAAUCAUUUAUGAAACAUCUAGUCUAUUAACGUUACUGCAUUAUUUAAUUGUAUAUUUAAAUAACAUUUACAUAACAUAACAUUUAAAUAACAUUACAUUUGUACAGUUAUACUCAAUAAAGAGUUUGUUAUUUAUUGUA